AUGUUUAUCGGGAUCGCCAACGAGGUCGCCCAGUUCUUUGGCCUCAACAAGUUCCGCCUGGGGCGCAUCCUCUGGCGGCGCCACCGCGAGAAGCUGCCCAGCAGCUGCACCGUCGUGUCCCCCGUUCCUGGCCGGAGCUCGGACUCCGAGUCAGGAGAGGAGGAGGAGGGAGAGAGGGACGGGGACAUUCCGGAAGCCGUCAUCUCGGUCCGUGCUGCCAGCGGCGCCGGCGGGCGCGGCGGCGCGCCGCCCGCGGCCGCAGCGGCCGCCCCGGGGACGCAGGACAUGCAGCGGCCGGCCGAGCCGGGCAAGGGGGGCGCCGAGGGCACCGCGGGCGCCGCGGCGACAGCUGCUGCUGCCGCGGCGGCCGCCCACGCGGCCAGCGCGGACGACGGGCUGGAUGACGGCGCGGCGGGCCACACGGCCAUGUUCACUCUCUGGGUGGGGAAUGGUCUUUUCUGGACAUUCCCAUUCAUGCUGCAGUGGGUGGUGUCCCGGAUCAUAGGCAGCGGCCUCAUCGACAAUGGUCGGCUCGACGACAUGCGCUUCGGGUGGCUGGUGUGGGCGUUCUUCUCAGCCUACUUUGUGGCCGGCGGUUACUUCAAUCUCCUCAUGCUCUACCAUCGCUGGCGCUUCUCCCAGCCGUCCAUGGUCAUGGCCACGCUCCAGGGCCUAGUGUCGAGCGUCUUUGUGUACGUCGCGUUCUGCGGACCCAUGGCGGCCUACGCGCUGCUGAAGCACGGCAGCGGGGAGAUGGCCUGGUUCACAUGCGUCGCGUUCCUGCUGAUGUCACUCUACGUCACCCAGCUGCUGAUGCUGGUGUGCUCGUCAACGGAGGAGAACGCCUGGACCAGCGGCCCGGGCCGCACAGUGCUCGCCAUCUUCAUAGCACAGGCGGCGGUCAACCAGGCGUCGUACCGCAUGUCCACGGGCCACCCAGUCAUGGAGAACCUGCUGUGCCUCGCCGCCUUUGCCGUCGUGGCAGGCGCCUGCCUGUGGCGCCAGCUGCGGUCGAUGCAGGCCGUGUGGGCCGAGGCGCUGCUGUCACCCAAGGGCGCGAAGCUCAGCCGCCCCGCGCUGCUGCUGCUGCUGUCUUUCCACAACGCCACGUUUGUCACCAGCUACACGCCCGAGUCGCCCCAGGAGGACCUCACUCGCGCCUGUGCAGUUGCGGCCGGCCUACUCUCCAAGAAGCUCGUUGCGCUGCGGCGGCUGCGGCUGCCGCUGUUCUACGACAGCACGGCCUGGGUGCUGCCCGCCGGCUCCCUCACCCACCUGAUGAUCACCAUACCCUUCUGGGCGAGCGAGCUGUGGCUGGGCCCGACCUGGCUGGGCGCCAACAGCGUGGCCCUGGCGCUGUCUGCGCUGUUUGUGCUGACGUCCGGGGCCUACCUGGAGUGGCUCAGCGCCCUGCUGUCAAAGGGCGAGCCAGACCCGACAGACGCGCAGCGCGCCGCCGCCGCAGCCGCCGCCGCCGAGCUCUCGGCUCAAGCCGCCGCCGCCGCCGCCGCCCCCCGCCCCUGCUUCGCCCGCGCCCGCGGCGCCGCGGCCGGCCCGCGCGACGGCGACGGCGAGAGCGACGCCGCGGGAACGGUGCACACGUCGGCCGUGUGCGGCGCGUGCGGCGCGGCCGGCUGCAGCCCGGGCUGCGCUGAUGCGAUGCGGUUCCUCGUCGCGCCCCCCAACGCGCGCUGCGUGCCGCGCGGCCCCACCUUCUUUUUCGGGUGGCGCCUGGGGUUCAGCCCGCUGGCCGGGCGGGGCGGGAGGGGCGCCGGCGCGGACGGCAACGGCGAGGGCGGCGGCGCGGCGGCGCAGCGGCGGGAGUACUGGCGGCAGCUGGCGCGGAUGUCGUAUUGGCAGGCCGGCAUGUGGGUGUUUGGGCUGUUUGUCGUCGCCAUGAUGGUGGCCGCGCGGUCGAAGCGGCCGGCUGAGAGCGUGGCUGACUACGUGCAGAUCAUAUGGGAUGGCAGAGCCGCCCCCAUCAACUACAGCCUCAUGGUGUUUGGCUACAGCCUGUACCUGAUCGUCGGCUUCAACGCGGCGAUGGGCAACCCCGUUCGCAUGAAACAGGCCGUGAUCGCCCUCGCCUUCUCUCAGAUCACCGCCGCCCUCACCCUCGCCGCCCUAGCGGCCUGGGUGCCGGGCGCCCUGGAGCACGCCCCCGCGGGCGCUGUGGCGAUGGCGGGGGGCCUGUAUCUCGCGGCCACGCUGUAUGAGGAGAUCAAACAGAGCCUCGCUGACCUGGCGGCGGCCGCGCGGCGGCGGCUGCGCGGCGCCAGGUCCUCCCCAGCACCGCAGCCGCCUGCCGCGGGCGCCGCCGCGGCCCCUGGCGCGCCCGCGGGCGCCGCUCAGGUCGUAUCGGGCCAGCCGGCGCUCACAAACAUUCUGGCAGACAGGUGCGAGGCAGCUGCCGCGCUGUACCGCCUGACCAAUACCAGCGGCGGUGGCCCCGGCGCCGCGGCCGCACCCGCGCGCCUGGACCCGACGAAAGGCAUCGGCAAGCAGCUGCUCCUGCUGCUCCAGGCGCGGCGGCGCGACUUUGGAGCCGCCGCAGCCGCAGCGGCCGCGGGCACCGCCAUCUCGGACGCGACGCGCGGGGCCGGCCGCGGCGGCACGGCCGCGGUGUCGGAAGAAACGUCAGCGGUCGCGGCCGCCGUCGACGCUGACCUGGCGCUGCUGGCGGUUGCGUACCCGGAGGCCGGGCAGCUGCUCGAUUAUGUCAUUGCUGGGCUGGAGGGCGGGCGGCUGAGGGUGUGGGUCGUGCCGUUUGCGGCGGUGAAUCCUGAGGGCGGCCCGCCGCAGUACUUUGCCCUCGGCGUGCCAUCCUCAGCGGCCGUCCCUGCUGAAAGCGGCAGCGGCAGCGGGGGUGGCGGCGGCGGCCUGCCUGGAUUGGACGUGUACGUCGCCUGCGACCCGCCAGGCGGCCCCAAGCAGCGCUGGGCCGCGGAGGUGUCCGCCCCCGACGCCGCGGCCGCGGAGGCGCACCUGCCGCCCGGCGGCGGGGGACCGAGCGCCGAGCUGGCGAGCAUUGCGGAGGCCCUGGUGCAUGAAGCAUGCAAGCUGCAGAGAGAAGCCGGGGCGCCUGGCCAGGUGCAGGGUUCAAACACGAUGCCCGCUUGA